AUGGCCAACAACGACCUGAACCGCCCGCUCAACACUACUGCGGCCGAUCCUUCCAACUCCAGCUCAAUGCCUGGCACCGCUCCGCCACCGUCUUCCAGCAACCGGCAAGUGCUCGGCCACCAGGCUCCCAGAGCCUUCAACCACACUGAGGACUGUUCCGCCACUUUCGCGAGAGAAGCAAACAGCUCCAAUAAUGGUCAGUUGUGGGCAACUGGUGCGGUGUUCCGUGAAGCGCCCCAGGAGCCCUCAGGGGCUAACGCGGCGUUGCAGGUCCACCCUGGGAAUGGCGAGCAUAGCCUGCAGCAGAAGCCUAAGCAGCAGAAGGUGAGCGGCUCGAGCUCUCAGGCUGUUUCUGAGCGCUAUAAGACUGAGCUAUGUCGGCCCUUUGAGGAAAGCGGCACUUGCAGGUAUGGAAGCAAAUGCCAGUUCGCGCACGGCUACCAUGAGCUGCGUACCCCGGCAAGGCACCCCAAGUACAAGACGGAGCCUUGCCGCACCUUCCACAGCGUUGGCUUCUGCCCCUAUGGCACUCGCUGCCACUUUAUUCACAACCAGCCUGAGCAGCAACCUGUACCUUCUGAGAGCGCCUCCGAAGAGCUGAACUCUUUCAAUGGCUCCAAUGCGCUGCAUUUGGGCAAUAAUGGGGAGCAGCAGCCCGGACUGCAGAGUGACAACCCUUCGGGCAUCCUGUCGGUCAACAGCCCUGCCCUCCAGGCAUCUCUGAUGCUCAACCAACAGGCGUUGAACUCAGGCGAGGUACUGCCCUCAACACGCUCUGCAGAUGCCAACCUCGGGAUGAUGUGUUGCAGGACUUUAUCUGAGGACUCUGACAAAGACCCGUCCGACAACAAUGACCUCGCCUUCUGCCAGGAGCAAGGUGGUUCCUCGCCUGUGGCAUUCCAGAACCCUAGCUUUGCUACCACGACUCCUACUGCCUCCAACAACCAGCAGCAAAUGGGCCUGGCAGCUUCAGCGCAGUUGCAGAUGCCCCUUGCCAGGCCUUCGCCUUCAGCCACCAUCUUUGGCCAGGCUGGUAUUGGCCCUGCCCUCGCUCCUGGGGCUGCCUUCGCUCCUGGGGCUGCCCUCGCUCCUGGGGCUGCCCUCGCUCCUGGGGCUGCCCUCGCUCCUGGGGCUGCCCUCGCUCGUGGGGCUGCCCUCGCUCCUGGGGCUGCCCUCGCUCCUGGGGCUGCCCUCACUCGUGGGGCUGCCCUCGCUCCUGGGGCUGCCCUCGCUCCUGGGGCUGCCCUCGCUCCUGGGGCUGCCCUCGCUCCUGGGGCUGCCCUCGCUCCUGGGGCUGCCCUCGCUCGUGGGGCUGCCCUCGCUCCUGGGGCUGCCCUCGCUCGUGGGGCUGCCCUCGCUCCUGGGGCUGCCUUCGCUCCUGGGGCUGCCCUCACUCGUGGGGCUGCCCUCGCUCCUGGGGCUGCCCUCGCUCCUGGGGCUGCCCUCGCUCCUGGGGCUGCCCUCGCUCCUGGGGCUGCCCUCGCUCCUGGGGCUGCCCUCGCUCCUGGGGCUGCCCUCGCUCGUGGGGCUGCCCUCACUCCUGGGGCUGCCCUCGCUCCUGGGGCUGCCCUCGCUCCUGGGGCUGCCCUCGCUCCUGGGGCUGCCCUCGCUCCUGGGGCUGCCCUCGCUCCUGGGGCUGCCCUCGCUCCUGGGGCUGCCCUCGCUCCUGGGGCUGCCCUCGCUCCUGGAGCUGCCCUCGCUCCUGGGGCUGCCCUCGCUCCUGGGGCUGCCCUCGCUCCUGGGGCUGCCCUCGCUCCCAGAAUUCCCAUCACUCCGGGUGCUGCCAUCACUCCAGGAGUUGCCAUUGCUCCAGGGGUUGGCACAGCCUCUGCUGGCAUAUUGGCUCCAGGUGCCCCCGGUACAGCUACCAGUGCUGCAACUGCCAAUGUGGACAAUACAUCCUUGACCACUAUCACAGCUGCCACCUCUGCAGAGGGUGCCACACCACACUUCACCUUCCAAAUGCCAGGUGCCGAGUCCGAGUCUGAGUCCGAGUCGCUAGAGUUCGACAUGGUCACCAGUGCCCUGGAUUCCCUGCUUGUCACUGAUGACGAAGAUGAAGACGACUUUCUGGGGGAUUCCUUGAGCUUCAGCAACCCCGACUCCGAAGUCGACAACAACUCCAGUCGCCGUCUACCCAUCUUCAGCCGCUUCUCAGACUCUGAUAAAUGA